AUGCAUUUUUCGUCUCCCAAAAUGGUUUGCGAGACUAAAAUUGUUGCGGACGAACACGAUGCUAUACCUGGGACCAAAAAAGAGUCGAUCAUGUGGAGCUCUCCUCCGUCCAGCGCGGCACUGAGCCCCGCCGAGGCCAAGGAUGUGAGGAAAGAUGCGGUUUUUAUCCGCGAGUUCGAGCGCGGGGAUCAGGAGGAGGUUCGCCGCAUCUUUUACGAGGGUAUUAUGGAGAGGAUACCCAACACGGCGUUUAGGGGGCUCAGGCAGCAGCCCAAGACCCAGUUUUUAUAUGCUCUUCUGACAGUAAUGUGCUUUUUCGUGACCAAAUCCGUCACGCUGACCUGCUGUGCACCCCUCAUUCUCAUGGGUGCGCGCUACUACUACAGCAGGAAAGUUAUCCAGAGUUAUUUGGACUGUGCUCUGCACACGGACAUGGCUGACAUAGAGGCUUAUUACAUGAAACCCACAGGCUCCUGUUUCUGGGUGGCAGUGCUCGAUGGACGUGUGGUGGGCAUCGUGGCGGCGCAGGGCCGUGACGAUGACAACACGGUUGAGCUGCGGCGCAUGUCGGUGGACUCGCGCUACCGCGGCAAAGGCAUCGCAAAGGCGCUGGGUCGUCGUGUCCUGGAGUUCGCAGUGCGCAACAACUACGCUGCCGUUGUCCUCGGCACGACGGCCGUCAAGUUGGCCGCCCACAAGCUGUACGAGUCGCUGGGCUUCCGCCGAACGGGCCAGAGCGAGGACUACAGGCUCCCCGGGAUGAGCCGCUCGCCGCUUGAGAGGCUCUUCUUCCAGAUCCGCUACAGCCGCUACCGCCUGCAGCUCCGUGAGGAGUGA